AUGGAUCACAGUCAUCAUCACGAUCCAGCUCUUGAAAAGGCGCAUCAACAUACUCAUGGCCAUCUCCAUCACAGCCCCCGCGCUUCUCACGAUGGCCGCGAUGUACCUGUCUACACAACGGGCAACACCGCUGAACCCAGCAUAAUCCCAGACCCCAGCCCGCAGGACGAUGACCACGUUCAUGCGCAUGAAAAGGCGCACGAAAAGAAAGAAGACUAUACCAUCACAGACAUCGAGAAGGGCGACGCCACGAAAAUCACCCCCACCACCAGUCUGGAGCACAGUCCAGAAUCCAGCAGCAAAGCGAAGACUUUUUAUCGACGUUUCCGCAUUUACAUCCAUCUCACGCUCUGGGGUUUGGGUACGGCUUGGUGGGCUGCCAGUCUGGGUCUGCACUACGAUGACAAGAAUUGGGUGAUUCCUUUCUUGCUGUGGCUUGCGUUUACGAUCCGCAUGGUCACUUUGCAUGUCUCUGCAGGACAUGUUAUGAGGCCGCUUCGCUGGGGUUGGAAGCAGACUGGCGUUCGUGUCAAUGCGGCCAUUCCGGAGAAGUAUCGUCUGCCGGCUGGUGCUGCUGUUACUGUGGCUGUCAUACUGGUCGGGUCUUUCGUCAGCGAAGAAAACGCAGACAAUACUCGGGCGAACAGGGCUGUCAGUCUGUUCGGUCUUGUGGUCCUCAUCUUCGGUCUGUGGGCGACGUCCAGAAAUCGAAAGGCCAUCAACUGGCACACGGUCAUCUCGGGCAUGCUCAUCCAGUACAUCGUCGCUCUGUUCGUGCUGCGAACCUCCGUCGGCUACGACAUCUUCAACUUCAUCUCGACUCUGGCUCGAUCCUUGCUGGGGUUCGCCAAGGACGGUGUUGCAUUCCUGACCAGCGAGGAUAUUGCAAACUACCCCUACUUUUUCUUCACCGUCCUCCCGGCCAUCAUCUUCUUCGUCUCCAUCGUCCAGCUCCUCUACUACUGGGGCUUCAUUCAGUGGUUCGUGGGCAAGUUUGCGGUCUUCUUCUUCUGGGCUAUGAGGAUCUCUGGAGCCGAAGCUGUCGUCGCCGCGGCUACGCCUUUCAUCGGACAAGGAGAGAGCGCUAUGCUGAUUAAGCCCUUCGUUGCGCAUUUGACUAUGGCGGAGCUUCAUCAGGUCAUGUGCUGUGGAUUCGCCACGAUCGCUGGCUCCGUCCUGAUCGCGUACAUCAACAUGGGCAUCAACCCGCAAGCCCUCAUCUCCAGCUGUGUGAUGUCCAUCCCCGCCUCUCUAGCCGUGAGCAAAAUGCGCUACCCCGAAGAAGAAGAAUCCCUCACCACCGGUAAGGUCGUCGUCCCCGACGACGAUGAGCACAAAGCCGCCAACAUGCUCCACGCCUUCGCCAACGGAGCAUGGCUGGGUCUGAAGAUCGCCGGCAUGAUUCUCACCACUCUGCUGUGCAUUAUCGCCCUCGUUGCCCUUAUCAACGGCUUGCUCACCUGGUUCGGUCGGUAUCUCAAUCUGGACGGGGAGUACGAUCUCACGAUUGAGCUGAUUCUGGGAUAUGUCUUCUACCCGGUCGCUUUCCUGCUGGGAGUGCCCCGAGGGCCGGAUCUUUUGAAGGUGGGACGUUUGAUUGGGAUUAAGGUCGUCACGAACGAAUUCGUCGCCUACACCGCCCUCAAAACCGACCCGCUCUACGCCAACAUGUCCCCACGCUCUAUGCUGAUCGCCACCUACAGCCUCUGCGGCUUCGGCAACAUUGGAUCUCUAGGUACACAAAUCGGUGUCUUGUCCCAGAUCGCCCCUGGUAGAUCCGGAGACGUCAGUAGAGUCGCUUUCAGUGCUCUCGUCACGGGUGUUUUGAGCACUCUGUCGAGCGCGAGCAUUGCAGGCUUGGUCAUCCAGGACCAGGUGAAUUUCGUUUGA